AUGUCGUCCCUAAUAACACUUAUCAAAGUCCUCAGCAUCUCAACCUCCCUCAUCGCAUCAGGAGGAAUCUUAAGUCUCUCACUCUUCGAUAUCCCACUUCUGAAAUCCCAACCAGCAACCCGCUCCCUCCCACAAAUCCGCUGGCUCUUCUCCCGCGGCUCUCACAUCUUCCCCACCGCCGCCAUCCUCUCCAGCACAGGCUUCAUAUACCUCUCCAUCACCUCCCUCUCACCAUCUGAAUCAUUCCUCGAUGUCAUUUCAAACAUAGCAGGGAAUUCACCAACAGUGAAUGGAUAUCUUCUUGCUGGGGUGUUGAGCGCUGCUAUUGGGCCGUUUACGCAGUUUGCUAUGAUACCGACGAAUUUUGAACUGAUUGAAAGGAAUGAGGAGUUGGGUGGGGCGAGGAGUGAGGAGAGUGCGAAGAAGGCGGAGGGGAAGGGAAAGGUGGGAGGGAAGACUGCGAGGGAGAGUGUGGAUGGGGAGAGGGAUCUUAAUCAGUUUGGGGAUUUGAGUGGGCCGCAGGAGAAGACGGAGAGGGAGGGGAACGAGGAGGAUGAUAGGGCUGUGGAGGAGUUGCUGGAGAGGUUUAAGUGGUUGAAUUUGGUGAGGUCGGUGUUGAUUGGGUGCGGAGGGGUGGUGGGGUUGCUUACUGCUAUUGUGUGA